AUGUACAUAGAAAGUAUAUUUAUUGUAUUCAUGUUUCAUACGAGGACUAUUUUCAGUCGUUUGUUAGGAGAACCCAAGGAAGAAGCGACAACUGAACCAAUGGAUAUACAAAAGUUGGGUUAUGAGGAAUGGUGUAGGUUUCAGCCAAAUGAGUAUGAUUGUGGUGAGAAAGGGAUCCUACACAGUAACUGGUAUUAUUAUGACAUAAAAUUUGGAGACUGCAAAGUGACCCCCAUAGUCGGAGAUUGCAAUGAAAAUCGAAACGCUUUUGCGUCUUUUAGUCGUUGUAAAGAAGCGUGUAGAGAGGCCGCCUCACAUCCCCUACGAAAUAAUUAUACAGACAAUGUGUCCUGCCGUUUACAGUUUGAUUUUGGGGCAUGUGACGAAUAUCAUCCUAUGUGGUAUUACGAUGUGUCUUCGCGAACUUGCAGAGGGUUCUCUUACAGCGGGUGUGGCGGAAACCGCAAUAGAUUCCUGACCAAUCAGGAUUGCACUACCGCAUGUUUGCCUAACGUCGAAUAUACACCGUAUCGAAUUUUUAAAUAA